AUGGCGGACAAAAGUUUGUUGACACCGCUACCAGCUUCAACGAUUCGUCUUAUUGGCAGUUCUCAAGUAAUAACAUCAGUUUACAGCGUCGUGAAAGAAUUACUCGAGAACUGUUUUGAUGCCCAUGCUAUUGCAGUGGAUGUCAAGUUGGAGAAUUAUGGACUAGAUAAGAUAGAGAUUAAAGAUAAUGGUGAUGGUAUAAAAACAGAUGAUAUACAGUUUGUUGGUCAGAGACAUUAUACCUCUAAAAUCUCCAGCCAUGAUGACCUACAACAACUUCAGACUUAUGGUUUCAGGGGAGAGGCUCUAGCAUCGUUAUGUUCAGUGAGUGAAGUGAGUAUCACAACUAAAACAGUACAAGAUGAAAUUAGUAUUCAAUAUAAACUGACUGGUGAGGGCAAGAUUAAAGAUAGUCUACCUUCCCAUCUUGGACAAGGGACAACAAUAUGUGCUGUGAAUCUAUUUAAAAACCUACCAGUCAGAAAACAGUACCAUAAUACCAAUAAGAAGAAGAAAGUUGAACUGAAGAAGAUUGAAGAUUUGUUGAGAGUGUAUAGUAUUGUCAAACCCAAUGUAAGGAUUACACUCAGACACAAUAAAGAGCUAGUAUUUCAGAAAAACGCCCAACCAGACACCAGAGCAGCCAUAUUGAAUGUAUUUGGUCAUCAGACAGUUAAUUUGUUGGUUUUCUGUGAAAAAUCUGAUACGGAGACAGAAAUAAAGUUAGAGAUGUAUUUACCCAAACCAGGCUGUGAUAUCACAUUGACUAGUCGGGCCAGCAGUGAUAGAAGUAUUAUAUCAGUCAAUAAUAGACCUGUAUUGAUACCAGACUUAGAUAAGGUUGUACGUCAGUAUUACUCUAACUGUAAUGGGUGUGACACUACCAGAUAUCCUGUGUAUUAUUUAUUAAUUACUGUUCCUACUGACAGACAGGAUGUGAACCUUGACCCCAACAAAACACAUAUAUACCUUCAAGAUGUGGUAAGUAAGCUUCUGAUGUAG